AUGAACGACGGAAGUUGCGUAGUACCAUUUUAUAAGUGUGGUGAAGAUAACUUUAAAAAAGUUUACACUAAACCAAUGACAUCUGAGCUGGAGUCGCUGCUCUGCAAGCAAGAGGGUGCUUCACUUGCACCCGCCCACAUGGACCUUUUCGACGGUGGACCUUCUUCCCGAGACGAUGCGUUCCUCCGUCCUGCGCUAUGGGAGGACAUCGCCUCUUCCAUCAGAAAUAUUGACCCUGAAAAUGCAAAUAUGCUCGCCCCUCUUGGAGCUACUCACGUCAAGCUCGAGGCUGAUGAUCCUUUGCUUGAGGAGUGCGCUACACCACUUCUCAGUCCACUCGAAAUUAAAACUGAGAGACUAUGUGCACCACCAACCUACACUCACCCUCAGCCACCUCAACAGCAGCCUCAGCAUCAGCCUGCAACUUCUUUCGCUAAAUAUCCGCCUUCAAGACUGGUGUACAUGUCCCCAUUAACGCCUCCCGGCUCAGAUCAAGGCAGUCCAGGAAACUCCAUGCAGGGCGGCCCACGACGGACGCCCCCGCCGCCCUAUCACCCCCCACCUUUACUUCGGGCGCCUCACGCACCCCUUGGGCCCCACGUGCCGCCACAUUCAACGACGCAUGCUCAUCACCAUUCUCAGGCAAUGCCACAGCAGAUGCAAAUGGCGCCCCAGCAGCCGACGUCUGCACCGCAUCACAACCCACCGCUACCGCACUCGCGACUAGCACCGCCACAAUCCGUCAAAUACAACAGGCGGAACAAUCCCGAGCUCGAGAAGAGAAGAGUGCAUCAUUGUGACUUUAUUGGAUGCACAAAAGUUUACACCAAGAGUUCACACCUAAAAGCUCAUCAACGUAUACAUACAGGCGAAAAACCAUACACAUGCCAGUGGCCAGAGUGCGAAUGGAGAUUCGCGCGUUCAGACGAAUUAACGCGUCACUACCGCAAGCACACCGGCGCUAAACCGUUUAAAUGCGCUGUUUGUGAACGCUCCUUUGCCAGAUCGGAUCACCUCGCGCUGCAUAUGAAACGACACCUGCCCAAGUCUUCUAAAUGA